ACCAGUCGGUCCUCUUCACUGAGCUGUGAGGGCUUAAGACUUCUCAGCAUAUUUGUGGAAACAUCAUGAUCAUCUAGAACUGAGAAAAAUCUCCUAUUUUCCCCACAUUAAAGAAGAAGAAAACCUAAAGAAAAAGAGUCGCGAUGAACAGAGACGGAGACAAGAGCGCAAAGUCUGCGCUCCGGAGCCAGAAACAGCAGGUUUCUGCCCAGAAGAAGAAGAAGGACCCGGCUCCUAAAGAUGCUCAAUGUGGCUCUCUGUCAGGUCCCUGUGACUCUGGGAAGGAGGUGAAACCGGCGGGACAGCAGGGGAAACGAUCGGGCAAAGUGUCACUGAGUGUCACGGUGGAGUGCCCCGGUGCGCAGAGGAAGUUAUCCGAUGCCAGCAACGCUUCAGAGGACCUGAGCAAAGACUCCGGCUGCCCGUCUGGGAAACUCUCCUCCUCAGACAGCAGCUCAGAAAUCUCCGACUGCCCCUCGGAGGGCAACAGUAAGCAGGACUCUCCGAGCAGCGACAGUGAUUUAAGCUGGAUAGAGCCAGGAGCUUAUUUGAGCUCGGACAGUGAGGGCAAAGGCGACGGCAAACCGUGCGUAAAGGUGCCGAGGGAUACCUGCGCUCUGCAGCCUGAUGCUGCUGGAGCCGGGCUCAGUUUGUUUAACUCCUCAGAGGCGUUUAUGGAUCUCAUGAUGGGGGAGACAACCGAUGAUCUGGUCAGGGAGGUGGAGGAUCUGAGAUCAGAGAACGAGUAUCUGAAAGAUGAGGUGGAGGAGCUACGCUGUGAGAUGCUGGAGAUGCGUGACAUGUUCCAGGAGGAGGAGGUGUAUCAGCUGCAGGAGCUGCGGCUGCAGCUGGAGCAGGCCAACAAGACCUGUCGCAUCCUGCAGUACCGCCUCCGCAAGGCCGAGCGCCGCAGCAUCCGGGUGGCUCAGACGGGACAGGUGGACGGGGAGUUGGUUCGGAGCUUAGAGCAUGAUAUAAAGGUUGCAAAGAGUGUGUCCCUCCGGCUGUACAAUGAGCUGGAGGUGGUGCAGAAGAAGAAGUCCCAGUUGGAGUGGGAAAACGAGGCGCUGCGUGAGAAGACUCAGGAACUGGAGGUGGCCAAGCAGGUGUUACAGACUGAGGUGGAGAAAGUCAAAGAGAGCACUCUGAAGAGGAAAAGCACCCGAUCAUCUGCCAGCAGAGCAGAGAAGAGGCUCUCUCAGCAGAUUGAGGAUGACAGUGCAGAUCUCAGAUGCCAACUCCACUUUGCCAAAGAAGAAUUAGCUCUCAUGUGCAAGAAGCUCACCAAGUUGGUAUCAGAGAGCGAGGGCAUGCGUGAGGAGCUGGCCAAAUACCACUCAGCCUACGGGGACAUAGACGCCACCCAUUCGCCUGAGGGCAAACAAAACUCCGCCCACGCCAGGGAGGCAGAGGUCAAAGUUCACCUGAAGCUGGUGGAAGAGGAGGCCACGCUCCUGAGUCGCCGCAUCGUCGAACUGGAGGUGGAGAACCGUGGACUGCGAGCUGAGAUGAGUGACCUGAGAGAGAAAAUAGGAAGAGGAGGAGGAGGGGAAGAGGAAGAAGAAGAGAAUAGGGAGGUGUUGGAGGAGAAUCCAUCAGUUUCCACAGUGGAGAAGGACAGAGAGGGAAGUUUGAAUACAGGAUGCACAACGUACGAGCAGGGUCAGGAUGAGGAAGCAGAGAAAGGUAAAAAUGAUGUUGAGACUUCAUCACAGACUGACGUGGCGAUUACUGCCUGUCAGAUUACUCGAGAGGGUCCUGUGGGUGGUGAGUGGGACCCUUCGGACAGUCAUGAGAGUGAUAACAACAAGAAACCUGACAAAGGUCUCAAAGGAAUGACAGUGAAAGACUAUGAAACUCUUCUAGCUCUCAGAGAUCAUUCCUGCAUGUUGAGUUCAGCCAUCCAGCUCCUGAUGAGGCCACCAAAAAACGGCCAUCGCUCAUCUACCUCAUGUGGUUUCACCUCUCCAACAGAGGUGGACUCGAAUGGCAAGGCACAGAAGGUAUUCCCACCAGGGCCUUUGAAUGAGGCUCUGGAGCUUCUGCAGGCCAUGCUGUUGGCUUUCAUUGGGAGGGUGGAGACGCUUCUAACAGGAGAAGAUUCAGACAAACUGUCCGUUCAAAAGGAUGGACGUGUUUGGUAUUCCUGCACUUUCUCUGGAGACUGUAAAGAUCUGAAUCUCAAAGAGUCACCACGUAAGCAGGAGUGUGGUGAAGACCCAUGCAUGACAGACAUUAAGGAGACAGAGAAACAAAUGAGGCAAGCAAGCAGGGACCCCAAAAUGCGACUGUCAUUGCAGAUUCUGUGGAUCCUCCAUCAGUGGUGUCAGGUUAAAGGACCCAAGCUGGAAGGAAAGGAGGGUAAAGACAAAACCAUGUCUGUGCUGCGGGCGUUGUUGCAAGACCUCGGUGCAGAGCUUCGGGAUGAGUGGAUUGAAUUUGACAGUGAGGCCAAGGCCACGCGGGGCAAAGCAGCUGAGUGUGCCGCCAGUCGCCUCCUUCAUGAUGAAGCUGACAGGAUGUGCAGCUCAAAAGUAAAAAGACUUCGGCAGCAGCUUUCUCCACACGGCUGUAGGAGGAAGAACUGGUGCUAUCUAAACCAGGAGGCUGCCCAGCUGGACCGAGAGGACCCCGUUAAGACGUGGGACCAUCUAAUCAUGCCGCUUAGCUUCCCUGAUCUGGACUUUGAGCAGAUGUCCAUGGAGAGAAGCCACACCGCGCCGGAGAAGUCUGCCUACCGCAUCUACUACAGUCCCCCAUCAGCUCGCAGAGUCCAGCUGGCUCAGCUGAAGCAAAGCCCCGUCGCAGACAGAGAGUCUGUCACCUCUGGCUCUCCAUGGUGCACACCACCGACCUCCUUCUCACCGCUCUGCCUGGGCUCAGCUGCCAACCUCAGCGACGACAUGAAGGAGAUGACGGCCAGCUGGAGGCAGACGGUUCACAUCAGUUCACAGGAGAGGAGAGGGAGAGUACAGCAGCGGUGGGUGGACGUGGCCUGUUCAGGUACUCAGACCCUCAUGAAGCCACUUAUGGUGAGUGUUGGUCAGCAGACAGACGGGUCAGUCCCUGUGAGAGGCAGCCCCUCCAGAGUCCUGAGCUCCUCCCUGCUCUCCGCCCGCUCCCACCACAUCUCCGCCUCACUGGACGGGGUACCAGGCAGAAUCGAGAGGACCAGACCCACCACCUCCUCACCUAAACUGUACCGGAGACACUCUGCAUCCGGUACAUCCUCUCCCCCCUCAUCCACCAACUUGACCUCCUCUUCUUCCUCCUCCUCAUCGUCAUCCACCUCUAGAGAUCGAGCGCUGUGGAACCUGAACCACCAAAGCCACACCGGCCUCCAAUGGACCCGACAAACCAGUCAAAGAGUCGGAGCAGGACAGAAUAACAGCUCCCUGAGCAGCGCCAAGCCUCCCAGCAAACCUGUGGGCACCAACCGUUACGGCAUGGUCACAGAGUUCCUGCGCAGGGUGAGUGGCCGGGCAGAGAAACCUGUACCGGGGUCAGGCCAGAAAACAAAGAGCGGUCUAAAGAACCUGGAACGCGUUCCAACGAGGCCGCCUGCUGCUCCGCUGCAGAGGAACGACAGCGUGACGAGGAUCGUAAACCAGAGGUUCAUGAAGCAGAGAGAGGAGGCCGGUCGGGCACAGAGAGAGGAGAAGGGGAGCAGUCUGAACCACGGUGUCCGACACAGCCCGAGUACCCUCACAACAGAGGAUGGAAACUACGACUGCAGCUCCAGCAGCACUUUGACCUUCUGCUUCUCUCGCCCGUCUCGCUCCACCCAGAGACAAACAUCAACCCAGAGCAAACUCCACCGACACAGAUACUCGCCUCCAGUGAGCGUGGCCGCAGACCCCAACUGUGAGUGACCGGGCGGAGAAACACACUGAUACUUGUGGACAGCUGACAGUGGUCUGAGCAACGGGGAAGGGAAUUUAAGACGUAAUCUUCAGAUGUCAGCUCUGCUUUACUUGCAGGGUGGAUGAACUGGGAGGACUGGUAGACUGCACGUGGGAUGUUUAGGCUUUAUAGCUCAGUCCUUAUGACUUCUGUUGGUGCAGUCAUCUCUUCUUACAGAUGGGUUCAUCUCCAUAUUAUUACAAGACAAUCUUGCAAAUCUUAAGUCAUAUUUACAACUUUAAACUUUAUGUAAAAUGGAUUUUGCACUUAUAUUGUA